CUUUGAUUCAGUCGCAGAACAAAGCCGGGUCUUGAACGUUGGACACGCGAGUUGCCCGCUUAUUAGUCAUCAGAAAUAUUAAACAAUACAAAAAAGAGAUAACAAAAAAAGCUGCAAAAGUGAUAAAUAUAUCAAAAAGUGAGAAUUAAUACUGCGUAGUGAACUUGUUAUACACUUAUUUAAUUAGCACAUUCGAAUAGGAGAAUUUAAUUAGCACAAUUCACAAGAAUUGGCACAAUUGCCUAUCAAUAUUUAUGAUCAAAUGCAAAACAAUCAAACAAUUACAACGUCAAUUUGUUGUUUAUCUGAUUGUAUUUAGUUUGCGUACACACAACUAAAUUAUAGGAAUUCGUGUGAGACUUUGAUGUCUGUGUUUGUUCUGCCCGUUUUGUUCUCAUGCCAUAUCAGCCUGAACAUCGACAUCAGCAUCAUUAUCAUCGGUAGUAGUGCUAACUAGUAUAUCAUCUAAUCGACAAAACUUGUUACAAUUCCGUUGUUAUUUCUAAGCUUGAACUAAUUGAGUAUUGGCAACGUUGCAACGCGUUUAAACUUCCGCUGUAUUUAUUUAAAAUAUAACGAAUAAAUAAAUUCAAAAUUUAAGCAUAAUAGGAAAUUACGCAUUUCUAGUUUUGUGUGAGUAACGAGAGGCAUUCAACUUGAGCAUAAAUCGAGACGGGAAAGUUGAUUUGUUCUAUUGUUUACGAAGCUAUUGUUACGCAUACGACAUGAUCGGCAGCACUUGGAGGUGGCAGGCACACUAAAAUACAUGCAUACAUAUACAUAUGUAUGUAUGUAUAUACUUAGAUACUUAGAAGUCGCCUCUUUUCGAAAUAAGUAAUCGCAGCAUAGAGCUUGUGGCAAACAGUUGAUCUCAGUUGUCAGGCGCUGCCGGGUUGUGUUGCACACAAUUGCUCGUCGUCUCGUCUCAACAAGUGUUAAAGUGACGACGCGCUGAUUAACCUUAAACGCAAUCAUAGCAAAUUAGCAUUAAUUCAACGAAAAAGACAUUUUGUCUGAAAUGUUGCAAUUCGCCUUCAUCCUCCUGGCACUACUAAGCAUCUCUGGCCAUGCUCUGGCAGAGGCGGAUGAUGCAGUUCAUAUUGUAGGCUCAUCACAACCUCCAACAGAUGCUCAACAACUCAAACUCUGGCUCACAAUUAGCGCACGCAAACGUUUUCUGGAGGUCUCGUGGAAGAAUGCACCAUCACGCGAAGGUGACAAUGUCCUCUUGACUGCAGAAGAUCCACUUAGCUUUGAACAGCGUGCCGCGACACUUGGUACACCUUUGGCUUCGUUUCAAGCCAACAGCGAAGAAGGCAGCGGCUCUGACGAAGAAGAGAAUGUGGCCUAUGUGCCCAUCAAUGGCUAUACAACACCUGCAAGCUCUUUUUCUAGUCCAGAGCCUAGCAAGAGCAACGUCUUCUGGGUAGCCAAUGGCGGCGACACGCCCAUUGUGGCUGCCAUUAAGCCUAGUCUGGCGGCGCAAUGGUUCACCACGGGAGUUCCCUUCGAUUACGCGCUCUCCCGAAAUGUGACGACACAGAGCUCUUGCUAUGGCUACUGGGCUAGUUAUAUCGAUGCCUCUGGGAGUAUUCUCGCCAAGACUUGUGUGCGUGCCUACCCACGCUGGAUGACUGAGAUGCGCGACAAGCUGGGUGAGCUGCGUCUACGAGAUCUAUUCAUACCUGGCACACAUGACUCUGGCUCUUAUCGUCCCAAUUUCGAUCCGUUGCUGCGCGAAAGUAUCGUCACAAAAUACGCGCUCACCCAAGACGAUGAUAUACGUGGCCAGUUGAUGCAUGGAGCACGUUAUCUGGACAUUCGCGUGGGCUACUAUCGUCCGUCGGAGGAGAAGUUUUUCAUCUACCAUGGUAUAACGAAACAGCGACCAUUGCAGGAGGUUAUUCAACAGGUCAAGGAAUUUGUGCUGGAAACCAAUGAAAUUGUGAUCUUUGGCCUCAAAGAGUUUCCAGUGGGCUUUGGCAAGAAUCUGGGCGUGCAUCGGCUGCUGGUCAGCUACUUAAGGGAUCAGUUCGGUGAUGUAGUUGUGCAUCCAUCUCUCACCUGGCGUUCUACUUUGAACGAGAUCUGGAAGCGGCAGCAAAAUGUUAUACUCGCCUACGAGAAGGAUCAAAUGGUGCAAGAAUUUCCACAGCUGCUGUUCGGCGGCGUAGAACAACGUUGGGGUAAUGUCCAGACCUGGUCAAGCCUCGAAACCCAUUUGCGUUUCAUCAACAGCUACGACAUAUCUCGCUUUUCAAGUCGUCCUGUAGUUGAUAUGGCCGAGCUUACGCCAGAGACUUGGGGUGUUAUCCUGGACAAACAUGGCGGACUGCGUAAGAUGUCCGACAAUGUUAACUGGCGCAUUUCACAGCUGUAUCGUGAUGAACUGGGCAACAAUGCCAAUAUUGUUGCAGCUGACUUUAUACGCGGCACAACGCUGAUGGAGACUGCCAUCGAUGUCAAUAGACGCAAGAUUGUCUACUAGAGACAAAUUUGAUU